AUGGAUGCAACUGAAGGAUGCGUUCGAAAAGCAAAUUUAGAUUGUAAGAAUGGGACAUAUGUGUUCCUGUUGAGAAAUGCUUGCAAAUAUCAGUACAAGUGCCUUUCAAAUAUUUUGAUACUUAAUGAUGUUAGUGCUGGCCCAGUGGAGAACUUUCUUCUCCAACAGUUCCUUCCUAUUUCUAAUUUGAAGCUAGCAGAUACUUCAAACGCAACAGUGGACAUGAGUUUGAGCUUGGAUGAGUGUAAGGUUAAGUGCUUGAGUAAUUGUUGGUGCACUGCUUAUGCACUGGUAGAUGUGUGUAAUGGUGGGAGUGGAUGUAUAAUUUGGACGAAUGAACUUACUGAUCUUAAGGUGUUAACCAAUGAUGCCAAUGGGCAAGAUCUCUACGUACGUCUUGCAACUAUCGAUCUAACUGUGGAAGAGAUCAACACAUCCUUCCAUGACAGCAGCAACCAAGGGUUUGUUUCUGGAAAUGACCUGGAGCACUCUAGAGGGAGUGAUCUUGAGCUACCUCUUGUUGACUUGAACACUGUUGCAUUUGCAACAGAUAACUUCUCUGUUGCUAAUAAGCUUGGGGAGGGUGGCUUUGGACCUGUUUUUAAGGGGAAGCUUGGGAAUGGACAAGAAAUAGCAGUAAAGAGACUAGCUAAAACGUCAGUACAAGGAAUGGUUGAGUUUAAGAAUGAGGUUUUGUUAAUUACCAAACUUCAACAACGGUAUCUUGUUCGGCUUCUUUCCUGCUGCAUUGAAGGAGAGGAAAGAAUCCUGAUUUAUGAGUAUAUGCCCAACAAAAGCUUGGAUAACUUUCUUUUUGAAAAAUCAAAAGAUCAAGUGCUCGAUUGGCAAACACAUUUCAAAAUUAUUAUGGGAAUUGCUAGGGGAGUUUUAUAUCUACAUCAAGACUCUAGAUUAAGGAUUAUCCAUAGAGACCUCAAAGCAAGCAGUAUCCUUCUUGAUGAGGCGAUGAAUCCUAAGACUUCGGACUUUGGGAUGGCAAGAAUUUUCUGUGCAGAUGAGGCAGUGGGUAAUACCAUGAAAGUUGUUGGAACAUUUGAAUACAUGUCUCCAGAGUAUGCAAUGGAUGGGAUCUUCUCUCAAAAGUCUGAUGUCUUUAGUUUUGGGGUUAUAGUGCUGGAAAUCAUCACUGGCAAGAAAAACAGAGGGGUGUACUUAGCUGUACCUCAUACCAACCUUUUCGAUCAUGUAUGGACUUUAUGGAAGGAGGGCAUUAGCUGGCAAUUGGUUGAUGAAUCAAUGGGCAGCUAUUAUUCUAUGAAUGAAGUCAUGAGAUGCAUCAAAGUGGGUCUUCUGUGUGUGCAAAACCACCCAGAGGUUAGGCCUUUCAUGUCUUCUGUGCUUUUUAUAUUGAGUGGCAACAACACACCGUUACCAAAUCCCAAAGAACCAGGGUUGGAAUCAUCUUCAAGCAAAGCUAACCCUAGUUCUAGUUAUGAUAUGUCAGUCACACUAGUGGAAGCCAGUUGCAGCCCAUCGUCGGAGGAUAACAAUAUUGAUGCCGUUGCCUGUUAUUGCUGCCGCGUCACGAGUCAUGGAUAUCCUAUCGAGAGGAAGCAAGAGGAUCCCGUUGCUGUCGCUGUGGAUUUUGAUGAGGAUCAUGAUGCUGAUAAGGCUUUGAUGAUUGUUGUAGCAGCUUAG